AUGUCCACGACGCACCACAGCUCUCCGGCGCCCAACCAGAGCUACCUUUCCACGGCCACCUACGACACGACGGACCCCUCCGAGAUGGAGAGGCAAGUCCGCCUGCUGCUCUUCGCUCUGUGCGUAACCAUCGCCGCCGUCACCUUGGUCGGAGGUGUGUAUUCGCUGCUCUCCCUCCUCCGGAUGAGGAGAAAAACCUCCCUGUGUGUCAUCGUGGCUUCCAUGUCGGUGGACGACCUGCUCAGCGUGGUGCCCCUCUCCCUCUUCAUGCUCCUGCAGUGGGAGACGGACGGAGGUGAGGGGUCGGGCAGCCUGUGCACUUUAUCCGGACUUCUUUACGUGUUCCAGGGUGUUUCCAGCAAUAUGAAGGCUUGCCUCAUAGCAGCCUACACUUUUUAUGUCACCAAGAGAUUCGGGGUGCUCCAGUCCGUGCGCCGGCCCCUCAGAGUGAUGUGGGCCAUCGCCGGUGUGUGGGCAGUGAGCCUGACCGUCAGCGUGCUGCCUCUGUGCGGAUGGGGCAGCUUCACGUCGGCCUCUCUCGGGUGUUUCCCGGAGAGCGACAGUUUUUACAUCCUGCUGCUCUUCUCUUUAUAUUUCCUGUGCUUUUGCGGCUUGCUGUUUUUCUUCAUCCCUCUCACCUACCAGCUGCUGUGCUCCAGAGAGCCCCAGAGGACUUUGCUGUACCCGAGCUACCUGGAGAUGGCGAGGGGGCUGAGCGGCUCCGCGCCCCUCUGUGACCUCCAGUCCUUUUCCCGGGACAGCUUGAACAAAAGUUUCGGUGCGUACAACGAGCUGAGCCCAAGUUCGUGCGGGACAGAGCUCAGGGACAAAGAGGCCGGCGGUCUGUCCCCGGUGUGCGUCAGUGGACCCAGGACAGCGGCCGUGGGGGACACCCCAGUGGUGUUUGCGCAAAAGCGCUUCUCCAUGAUCCUGGCGGUCGUCCGAGUUGUUCUGUGGAUGCCAAUGAUGACUUUGGUGCUGGUGCGCCACGCAGUGAACGCACGCAGCUCCUCCCUGGAGACCCUGAGCUUCUUUCUCACUCUGCUCGCCCCUGCGGUCACUCCGUUGUUCGUGCUGUCUGAGCGCUGGAUCCACAUGCCGUGCGGCUGCUUCAUUAACUGCAAACGGGAUCCAGCGCAGGAACCCUCAGCGAUGAAAAGAAGAUUUGAGUUCAACCUCUCCUUCCAACAAGGCUAUGGAGUGUACAAGUUGUCGCACGCCACCAUGUCUCAUAGCAGUCCUCCUAUUGAGAAGCCUGCCUACCACAGCCUUUUCAACUGUGACUUCCCUAACGCCCGCCUUGAUGCACUAGAAAGUGGUGGGUUCUCCAGCAUGGGGCCCAAUUUUGAUUUCAGCACCACGUGCCCAGUGGACAGCUCCUCUCACGCGGACCUUCUGUUGGAAGCGGUGGCCGGCGGAGGCGAAGCUCUGGCCGACUGUCCUCCGCUCCCCCACGAGAACCACGGGGACGACGAGGAGUUCCGCUGUGGUCCUUCGCUGCUUUCCCAUCACCGGGAGGACGAUCACAACCUCACCGACACGUCGUCGGUGUUCGAGGGGCCGGAGAGGAGGCUGUCGCACGAGGAGUGUCGCAAAAUCGAGCUGACUGACUGGGAGUGGUGCAGGAGUAAAUCAGAGAGGACGCCCAGACAGCGGUCAUCGGGUGGUCUGUCGAUCCCCCUGUGCGCUUUUCAAGGAACUGUAUCUCUGCAAGCACCCACGGGGAAGACACUGUCUCUCUCCACCUACGAGGUCAGCAGCGACGGCCUCAAAAUCUCCCCCAACAAUGCCAAGAAGGUGGAGGUAUAUCGCUCAAAGUCAGUUGGCCACGAGCCAAGUGCAGACGACCCGGCAUCGGGAGGCCAAGCUGGAGACGUGAACGUGAGCCGCGUUGGGAUGGGCAUGGAGAUCGGAAUGGGGAUGGGCAUGGGAGCCGGCGUGGGAGACACCAACGUCAAAAUCCACCUUGAGGUUCUGGAGAUCUGUGACAACGAAGAGGCCAUGGACAGCGUGUCCAUCAUCUCCAACAUCAGCCAGUCCUCCACCCACGCCCGCUCGCCCUCGCUGCGCUACUCGCGAAGGGAGAACCGCUUCGUCUCCUGCGACCUGGGCGAGACCGCCUCCUACUCGCUGCUCAUCCCCAGCAGCGGCAACACCGAAGCAGAGACCAUCAAUAUCACUAUACCCGACACCGUGGAAGCUCAUCGGCAGAACAGCCGCCGACAGACACAGGAGAGCUCGGGGUAUCACGAGGAGAUACAGCUGCUCAAUGAGGCCUACAGAAAGCAAGCCGGGGAGAGGGAAGAGUGA